CAUAUGACUAAUGUUUCUGGAUGUUUCUAAUCUCAUAUCUGUUUUGGUAUAUACCGGCAGAUCCCAACCAAUAAGAGUACCGCUAGGUAGAUUAAGAAGGAUAGCAUACAUAUAUAAUACCGUACCAGUUUCUUUUAACUACAAUUUGCCGGCCGGUAUUCAGCAGUUAAUUUUGUAUUUAACGUCGUCUAACAAAAAAAUUAACUCAAGAUGCCUCAUUACAAGCUAACUUAUUUCCCAGUUAAAGCUUUGGCAGAGCCAAUCCGCUUUCUCUUCAGCUAUGGCGGAGUUGAAUUUGAGGACCACCGCUUCGACAGAGAAGACUGGCCAAAACUAAAGCCUGAGAUGCCAUUUGGCCAAGUUCCUGUAUUGGAAGUUGACGGAAAGAAAGUCUGCCAAUCUGUAGCUAUAUGCCGUUACUUGGCUAAACAGUUUGGUGUGGCUGGUAAGAAUGAUUGGGAAGCCCUUGAAAUUGAUUCUACUGUUGACACCAUUCAUGAUCUUCGCCUAAAGCUUGGUGCUUAUCAUUAUGAGACCAAUGAGCAAGUCAAGGCUGAGAAAAAGAAAGUUGCCCUAGAGUUGCUGCCAUUCUACUUGGAACGUUUAGACGCUCAGGUGAAGAAAAACGGUGGCCACUUUGUGGGCGGUGCUUUUACCUGGGCUGACUUUACUUUCGUCGCUCUGCUCGACUACAUGAACUUCAUGAUGGGAUCCAACAUCAUCGAGAAAUACGAGAAUUUGACACAAUUGAAGAACAAGGUUCUCGCUAUACCCCAAAUUAAGAGCUGGGUUGCGAAACGUCCCGAAUCCGAUGCUUAAAUCUUCGACUUCCUAUCAGUUUUUUUUUUGUACGUCAAGUUUACAGUCAAAAGAAGAUUGUGAAUUUUUGUAUACACACAAGCGAGGCUUGUGCAGAAUUGUUUUGAAUCCCUUGCAAUGUUUAUUAGCAACAUCUGUGCCAGUUAAUUAAGGCUUAUCCUAGAUUAGGACGUUAAUACACAGUGGAACAGUACAAUAAGAGUAUUUAUGUACCCUAAAGAGAUAUUUGUAUACCAUAAACAGUUGAAAUUAUAUUGUACUUUUAUGUCACAAUAAACAGUUCAUUUUA